AUGGGCAAUACUGUUAGUCAAAGUAAUGAUGAUUAUCCCAAUCUCCAGCAAAGAAUAAUCACAUAUCCCACAGAUGACGAUGAAAACCAGGCUUCGAAUACUCAUAUGUGUGGAAUCAGACGGGUCAAGCACAAUGUUAAGGAGUUAAGCGUACCAAUAUAUGUCUAUCCUAAGACUAUUUCCAUCACAUUUAAAAACAAAUUACUGCAUAUACACUUUAAGUACAGGUCCUUUACUACGGUGAAAUUGGAUGUGUAUUUGGCUCUACAAAUCGAUUCAAAUAAAUUACCCAGUCUAACUAACUCAAUUUACACAUGCGAAUUACGUGAUGAUAACGCCGAAUUUAGCAGCCAACCAAUUAAAAUUGAUAGUGAGAGAUAUGAGAUGCUCUUUUACAAUAGCGAUAAAAAUUACAUACCCAUAGCGAUAGCUUUGGGGAAGGAACAAAUAUGUUACUUAAUUUAUGGCGGUUUCCAUCCGAAAACAACUUCGGAAGAAAUGUUGAGCUGUGGUACCACAUGUAAUUAUAUCGUUGUUGAUUCAUUAAUCUAUGAAAUAAAGGAGGUUUAUGGUACUAAAAGUGAUAAUGGAGAUGUUUGUUGCAUCUGUCUUUCAGGGAAAAGAAAUGUAAUAACUAUCCCUUGUUAUCAUUGUUGCAUUUGCACCCAGUGUAGCAAGAAUCCUUGUGUAAAAAAAAGUGGGUGUCCAAUUUGCAGGAGUUCUAUCAAUGGUUUUAUUGAGAUUGAUUGA